UUCCCAGUCCUGAUAUGCACAGGAAGUGAAGCCAUCACCUGCCAUGCUUGGAAUUGGGAAACUGUUUUGGGUCCUCUUCCUAGACCGAUACCUGGGUGUCUGGAGUACUCAUGGAGAAGAGUCAUGCAUUGAACUCAAUAUGAACUCCAAUCAGUACAACAUCUCAGCAGGAGAACCAUUUGACUUGGAAUGCCCUGUGAAAUACUGUGCCAACAGACCAAAUGUGACUUGGUGCAAGUUUAAUGGAACAUGUUUAAGUAUUGGAAAUGGAUUUCAGAGACAAAUGAGGUGGAAAAAUAAGAAGAAUGAUUCAGUUUUUGUUCUGCAUUUUAAUCAAGUGCAUGCUAGUGACAAUGGAUCAUACUGCUGUUCUGUGCACUUAACAUCUGGAGUCAUGGAAAGCCGCUCAAUAAUCCUAUAUGUGACAGAAAAAACUCAAAGUUAUUCAGAAAGCACUCCACCAACAGCUCACACUUCAGCUACAAGUGCCUCAGGACUUCCCUCCAACAAAAAGCUGAUGGACUCAAGCUGGAUCCUUUAUAGUCUGAUUCCUUUGGGGGUACUUCCCCUGCUCACAAUUGGUGUCUACCUAUUCUGCUGCUUGAGGAGGCACAAAGGAGAACAAAAGAAGUCCACUGAUACAGCAGGAAGGGAAAUUAACUUGGUUGAUGUCCCCCAGAGCUUUAAUUGUGCACAAACUGAAGUGGGCACCAGGCAAAAUUCCCAAGCCCUGCCAUCAGAAAUUGUGAUUUAUGAUAAUGAACCCUGGUCCAGGAUUCAGGAUGUGUCUGGGGUUUAUUCUAAUAUAGGUAUGGAGGAAAACAGACAAGGCAUUGUUUAUGCUUCCCUGAACUACUCAGUUAUUAGGAUGAACUCAAAACAGGCAAGACAAGUGAACGACACACCUACAGAAUACGCAGCCAUCUGUGUGAGAAGGUAACUCGGGCCUGAUCUCAGCAUGUCUACACCGUUGCCGGAGUCCAACAAAAGUUCAAAUGAUAUUUUUGCCCCGAGAAGCUUCAUUUUAAGGACAUCCAUGUUGGUGCUUGGGUCUUAAGAAUCCAUAGGACAGCUAACUUUCUUCCAGAAACUUCUUUGAAAGGCUCCUAUGUUGUGAAGUUGAACAACAAAAUCUUCUCUCUAAAGCUGAGGAUAUCAUAAGUAACAGAGUACUUGAACUUAGAUACAUUUUAUCCAGUAUAGAAACUUAUUUCCUUUGGAACUUCCUGACAUGUAGGGAAGAGAAGUUUGUGUUAUCUGAAUCAGUUCACUACACUUGAAAAAUAAAAUACAUAGUAAUUUUACUAACAUAAAAUGGAU